AUGGAAGGGGGUGUCGGCUUAGAAGAGAUUGUGACGUCGUAUUGCUUCCGUAGAGCAGCGAUUAAUACGGCUGAUGGUAUGGCCUCUGAUACCAAGCACGAUCAAAUGGCACGCCGUGACCCCGGUCGUGGUGUCUUUAAUGGUUUGUAUCUGAAUGAACGUUUUGACUUCAAUUCUCAAGCCGCCUAUCUCGAGGAAGAUGUCUCUGAGGAUGGCCUUACACUGGCGUUUGCCCACAUGAGCCUUCGCUGCCACCCGGGUGCUCCCUCAGGAGUGCCUUCAGACUUGUUGCGUCCGCUUCUGGCAGCAGACCCCGGAAAUAUCUGGUGGAUUGGUCCUUGA